AUGAAACAUUAAUAAUUUGACGUAGAGACCCCAGCUAUUCAUGAACAAGAAGAUCAUCAUGUAGGAAUUACAAAUGGAAGUCACGAUAGUCCUAUAUUGCACUUCUAAAAUAGAAAUGAAUCAAUUAAUUCCUAAUCAACUAGGGAUUCGAUUAACGAAAAUUUAGCUAAACAAUAAUUAAUUGUUGAAAAUAGAAGGGUUUAUUGGGCAAUCAAAAUGAUAGUUAUUGGAUUGAUGAUGAGCGCUGUGUGGCUUGGAAAAAAUUAUGCUACACCCUCUAUAGAAGUUCCAAAGUUAUCUGAUCCAAUCCACGAUGCCACUUCUUAUUUAAACAAUUUGGUUAAUAAACAUAAAGAAAUUGCAAUGUUCUUCUAAAUUUCUGCCUCAAUCAUUAUGGAUUUUAGUUUCUUCGCUCUAUGCUUUUACUGGGUUAUAAAAAUUAAUUCUGUUAGAGCAAUAUUUGCCAUGGCUUGUUUUUACAUAUUCAGAGGACUCAAUUAGGCUUUGAUUAUAUUCCCCUUCCCUGAAGGAUAUUAUUGGGAAUAUCCCAAUUUCCCUUCCUAUGUAACUCCCUAUGGAAAAACUUCUGAUUUCUUCUACUCAGGUCAUGUUGGCUUCUUAAAUAUUGUCGCACUUGAAUGGUAUAAACAAAAAAAUUAUUUCAUGUUCUACCUCACUUGCGCCUUUAAUGUUUAUGUUGCAUUUGUCAUGGUAGUAUUCAGAAUUCAUUACGUAGUUGAUAUUACUACUGGAUUGGUUGUUUCUCACUACAUCUUCAUGCUUGUCUGCAAAUAUAAUGAUAAAAUAGAUUAUUUAUUUUAAAAAGUAUUCCAUUGUACUGAAAGAUGCUUCAGUUCUAAUUCUAAAAAUGAUAAAAGUUGUGAUGAAGAGCUUUAAAUCAACCACCAUUGA